AUGGACCGUGACACCUUCCCAAAGAAGUUGUUCGCUAAUGAAGAUUUUGAGCGUACAAUUCAGGAGAUCAUCUCCAGUCCAAGGAAGGGCAAGCAUUAUCAGGUGGACGACGUCAGUGUCUAUGACGUUACAGAUAAGCAAAAAGCCUAUUAUACUAAAUGCUUCCUCCAUUUAAUGAAGACCACCCAGGGUACCGCUGUUCUCGGUGGAGCACUUCACGGAAGUGAAAACAAAAUCGUAGACUUUUUUCGAAAGUCCGGCCUUGAUGAUGAUGAACUUUCGAGGAUUUGGUCACUUUCUGAUGUUAAUGAGGAUGGGUGGCUGGAUUUGGCUGAAUUCUGUACGGCGAUGCACUUGAUUGUGCUUCGAGUCAAGGGAGAACUGCCAGUACCGCCUAUACUACCGCCAGCCUUAAAGCCUCCAAUGACCGCUCCACGGACACAGUCACAGGUCUCUUCGGAAGGAUCAAGACCCUCAGGUGAGUCACAGACGACGAGCACCACCAUGCAGCAAAACGAGGGGCCGGAUGGACGGCCAAAUACAUUUACACGGAGUGAGGGCAACUUGUCCUCACAGAUCGAGAAGGAGCCACCCCAAUUCUCGGACGUUCCGCCAUUGUUAGUGGACAGUCGUCCGCUACCAAUAAAAGCACUUCCUAUCCGUCCUUUACCCGAUGCGUUGUUGAUGUUAAGAAGUCCACAGGGGCCACCCCCCGCUCCUCCAUCCAGACCAUCGAAUCGAAGUCAUAUGAGAAGUGCCAGUCUUGACUUGAAGCAAUUGGCAAUCCAGAAUCUUCCGAUCAACGGUAUUAGCGGACCUUCAUCUGCUCGCCACAUGUCGAUCCCUUCAAAUCCAGUUCAUGCUCCUCCAGUACCGAGCAGAUCUGAGCAUGGAUCCGCCGUCCUACCCACCCUGGCACAUGUUGUAAACCCCGAGCCAAUCAAGGAACCUACACAAAAAACGAUUCCCGGAAGUGUUUUACCGCCUUCGUCGGCUGUAUCAUCUGGUGUUCAGACCGAGCACAAAUGGAUUGAUCCCAGCCAUGUGGAGAAUUUUAUUAAAAAUUUUGGCUCUCAAUUCCAAGAAUUAUGGGAUCGGGAGGAGCGCUUUGAAAGCGGGGAGAACGAGAGUGAUGCCGAGAAAUGGGAGCGACGAGUUGCAGCCCUGAGACGCCAAAAUGCCGAGUUAGAAAAGGAGCGUGCUACCCUGGCUCAGAUACGUAUCCAGCUAGAAUUGCGACAACAGGAAAUGAAGCCCCCAACAUCGUCAAAGCCGACUCAGCUA